CUAAACAAAAUCAAAUCAAAUCAAAGCCACGCUCCCAACCCAAUUCCUCUAUAAAUAUUGAAUAAUUGUUGCGCCUUUUUCAUUCACCAAAACCAAACACGCCUUUAACCACUGCAACUGUUUCCUCUAUGGCUUCUUCUUCGGUUUCAUUCGACGCUGCCAAGGACACGUUUGGCGAAGUCCAUGUUAUUGUGGGCCCCAUGUUCGCCGGGAAAACCACUGCCCUUCUUCGUCGCAUCAAAUCGGAGCUCAACGCCAAAAGGAGUGUGACGUUGUUGAAAUCGAGCAAGGACACACGAUACGCAAUUGACUCGGUUGUGACGCACGAUGGGGUUAAAUUUCCUUGCUGGGCGUUACCCGAUCUCUUGUCUUUUAGAGAUAAAUAUGGCCAUGAUGCUUAUCAAAAGUUGGAUGUUAUUGGCAUAGACGAGGCUCAAUUUUUUGAUGACCUUUAUGAGUUUUGCUGCAAGGCUGCUGAUGAAGAUGGUAAAACAGUAAUUGUUGCAGGCCUGGAUGGUGAUUACUUAAGGAGAAGCUUUGGCUCAGUGCUUCACAUAAUUCCACUUGCUGAUUCUGUGACCAAGUUAACAGCUCGUUGUGAGCUAUGUGGCAAACGUGCUUUUUUCACCUUGAGGAAGACAGAGCAGAGAGAGACUGAACUAAUUGGUGGGGCUGAUCUCUACAUGCCUGUCUGUCGCCUACACUACAUGAACAACCAAGUUGCUGAGAAGUGUGUUGUUCAAUCUCAAAAUGUUAAAAGUGAUUCCCUUCUUGAAGCAAUUGCAGAUGUUUAAGGGGUUGUUGGAAGUUGGCUUGCAUGUGGCCUCUACCAUGUUUAAUUUUUCAUAGAGCCAUAAUUGAAUCUCAAUGUUUUUCUUAUAUCACCCUUCUGUUCAUAUUUAAUUAUAUAUAUGUAUUUCAGUUUCUUAAAUCUUAAUGCUCCUUCAUGUUAUGUUACUUCUGGUGCCUGCCAUUUGGGUGGCUCUAUUGUUUGUCCUUUUCUUUUGACGUAUCUAUCUACUUGAAGUCAGGAAACUGCAAAACAAGUGUAGGGGAAUUAUUUGAAUGCAGCUUGAUGGUUUUCCCUUUGUUUAUUUGAA